CCGGGUUUUUCGCUGUGGUAGUUUAGCCUGCUAUCGUAAAGAGAUGUUGAGAACUGGGAACUGUGGACAUAGCUGAUGAUGAGACUCAGGGUCCCUCCUCCCUACACACUCCGUGAACACAUGCCCACCCGCUCGCUCUCGAUCUCGCUCAUUCACACCACAGCACUGAUCAACACACGGGCUUCUGUGCAACCUGUUACUGCUAACGCGAAAGGCAAAUAGUAUAACAUUUAGUGCUUAGUAUCAUUUGGUUUUGUAAAAGCAAAAUAGUCGUUAAAUGAGAGAACUAGCCUACUGUCACUCAGAAUCUGAGAGCCGAGCACAUUAACGCGUGGAGCGCGACGGACGUGUAUUGAGUGCCAGAGCCUAUUGAUCUUUAAUCAAGCCAGGCAGCGGUGACAGCCGAACCUGCGUCAAAGACAUCAUAUGUUUGUUAGGACGGCGUUUUCGACUUAAAGGAAACGACAGAUUACGCACGUACCUGGAGACCUCCAUCCAUCAUCAGCCUGGGUAAUAAUUCCUCUGGACGUCGACUAAGCGGUUGCAUUAAUAGUGUGAGAAGCAAGCACUCAUUAAGAAGAAAUGUGUUUUUUCUACAAUUUGCUGAUAAGGACACAGCAGGUGUGAGUGGGGUAGUGGCGGGAACGCUGUACCCUUUCCAAUAUGGUUUGCAGCGAACAGAGUUCUGGCACAUCAGCGCCCAAAAAGGAAACGCAGACCCGCAAGAAGCGUAAAUCCCGUCCUCAGGGUCUGCCUUCUCCAGCCCUCUGCUGCGCAUGUGGAUUGUGCAUCAUGCUGGCAGGCAUCAACAUCACUUUAGUGGGCGCCUUCGCCUUCAGCACGCUUGUGCCCUCUAGCAAUCCCCCGAUUAUCAUCGGGCCUAUACUCCUGCUGGUGGCAUUCUCCUUCUUCGGGGCUUGUUGCAUCUGCAGUCGCUUGCCUCCGCCUCAGAGUUCUCGUCGGUCCAAAGGAGGUGGCGGUUUGGGAUUCAUGGGUCGGGGCGGAGGGGGGUUGAGUGGAGGGGCGGCAUUUGAGAUUGAGACCAGUGAGCACACGAUGCAGGACACCACAGCCGUGCAACUUAGCCCCACCAACUCGCCCUGCUCCUCCCACGCCUCAAGUCCUGAAAGAGAGGCUCCUGCUACUGCCGCCAACGCCACCGUUCCCGCCCCAGACUAUGUCCCUCCACGAGCCUGCAAGCUCUUCACUAUGGAAACCAAUGGACCCAACUCAGCAGCCUUUUCUGCUUCUACAGGGAGUGGAGGGGCGGUCCGGCUCACUUUGCCCUCAGACUGUGCCGCCACUUAAGAUUGCCAGUUUAGGUCGCUCUCUGGAGAAGGGCUGGUAUUAUGUUAUGUAAAUACUUUUUCAGGGGGGAAGACGAGCACUUUGUGUGGAGAAUUCAUUUGAUUAUCACCGCCGGCUUGUGCCACGAGGUGCAAUAACAAUUGAAAUGUUCGCAUAAAUCCAGCGGGUUGGUAUUUCUGGAGUCUGCGAUGGGCCACGUGCUCCUAAUGAAAAUGACAGAGGUUUGCGAGAAGCAUAUGAAGAGCUUGUGCGUUCUCUAAUGCUGCCAUAUCUAAAGAGAGAGAGCCUUGAAAGGUGAAUCACUGUGGCGUGCUUCACAUAUUCAUACUUUGCCACUGUUACUCAGAGCAUUCACAGUUACCGCGCUCAGAAGAGACAGAAUCAGCUGUUGUGUAAAGAUGGCUUUGGAGACGAGCCUGAGAAACAGAACGGAGAAAGACGUAUCACUGUGCGUUGUCAUAUGUCAGUGCACAGACCAAAAAAAACAGAGAUGCUGUAUAUUUUCUCUUCAGUGCUAAAAUACUUUCGAGAGUGAACGGUCUUUUUUUUUUUGAUGACUCUCCAUAGCCGACCUUUUUGGAUUUCGUCUUUAUUGGAUGCUUAAAUGAGCCACGGCGCUGCUUUUUUUUCACGCGAUUUAGAAAACGAGGUGGCUAAGCAGUGCCAUUGUUUGAGUUCAGGUUGGAGAAAUAAUUCAAGUGUGAUGAAGGAGGGAAUGAAAAACUUUUACCACAAUUAUUGCGCAGGUCGCCUGACGCAGUGUGGUGAAAAUGGGCAUUUGAUGAAUGAGCCGUACUUGAGAGUUGUGACAUUAUUUAAUGCUCCAUCAGCCCAUUUUUCUGUAAAAAAAGAACCUAGCCGCAAGCCUUCACUCUUUAUUUUACACUGUGGUUUAUAAUGCUGCCAAGUGAAACAUUAUUUAUUUCCCUUAAGAUUACCAAAGGCUGUUUUCUCCUUCUAAUAUUCCUUUUCUGUCGACAAACCUGUCUACAUCAACAGUACAGUAACAUUCAAGUAUACUACCUACAUCUGCUGACAGUGUUCCUCCCUAAAAUGUCUUUUCUCAUCUUACUGUCUCUGUGCCCCCUGUUUUUUAUUAUAUUUUUUAUUGUCCGUUUUACGCAAGAUUCCGAAUUGUUCUCAAACAUGCCCUCCAUCACUGACCCACACUGAUGGUUCAAGCCAAACAAGUGAAACAAUUUCCCCAUGUUGUUUCUACCAGAGAGGUCAGGUAAAAGCAGCUUUUAGUGGCUGAACACACUGAAAAAGCAAAGGACAUUACCCAAUUAAAUAUUUUUAUGAAUGAAAAUUAUCUAAUAACGUUAGCAAAAGUAGCUUAUUAUGUCCCUUUGUUAUCAUAUUCAUCAGUUCCAACCAGCAGAAAGGGCUUCUGUACUUACUGUUUUCUGAGUGCCAAUGCAUCUGUUAAUAUGUACUUUUAGCUGUGUAAUAUACUGCAGCAUAUUUAUUAUAAAUACAUGGGUCAUGUGACACAUACUGAGGAAAGCGCAACAUGAACUACAUGCUUACAAACAGUGCACUUCAUAAUUUAAAGAGAAAAUUAAAAAAUAUCAGUCUGCUUGUUUGUCAUGGGAUUGUUAGCUUUCAAUAUAAGAAGUUUGAGUGAAAGGAGAAGUUGAAUCGGGGGCUGCGGAAACAUUGGCAUCUUUCUAUAACUUUAGACUCUAUGGUCUAUGCCCACCUCUGUUUGUAAGCUGCUAUUUGCCAUCUACACAUCUGCUGUAGUCUGAAUGAAACGAAUGCUGCCUUAAUGACAGUGAUCUCAGGAUCAAACCAGCGAGGGCUACUCAAAUGUCCAAUGAGAACAUUUGGUCAUGUAGUAUUCAUGUACUUAGGAAAAUGUGGUAAUGUUAAUUACUUUCAACCAUGUUUGUUUAAAAAAAGGGAAAUGCAAUGUCCUGUGGAAAGGUUACGAUGUCAUGUGAAAAGGUUUUGAUAAUGCCGAUUAGCAUUAUUGUUAUUAUUUUGUCAGUAGGUCAUGUUGAGUACAAUAAUUCAUGAAUGGUGACUUGUUUUAAAUAUUGUUGGCAAUGAACAUUUUAAUUGUGUCUUUUGUAAGUAGCUCACAUCAUAAUUAUCCACUGUUUAAC